AUGGCUCCCGAAGAGACCCGUGCAGGCGAUGUGCCUUUUUAUGGCUUCGUCUCCAUUACGCCAUAUAAUUGCGCAAGCGAGAUCCCCCGUGAGGGUCUUAGUCGUCACGAGGCGGACUUUGCGGACGUGGUCACACUUAACCUUGCAGUCACAAUAGGAUAUUUCGUCGAAAAUAACAGUGAAAUGUUCGCGGUCGACGGCGGGGAGGGGCCCGAUCGAAGAAUCGCGAUUCACGACCUGCUUCGACUGGAUGGCGAGAACGAACUCCCUAGUGAUUUUGAGUGGGCGUUCAACUAG